AUGAAACUAAUCGAAAUUGUGUAAUUGAUUGAAUAAUACUAAAAGGAAGAAAAUAAUCAUCAAAUAGUAUACCUUAUAUCUCUUAAGUAUAAAUCAAAUAUAUUAAAUAAAUUAGUUGGGUUAAAAAAUUUAUAGAUUCUGUCAAAUUAGAUGGUAAAGAAAACUUACCAAUGAAACCUAUUAAUCAUGAUAUAAUAGAUGAAUUAAAAACUAAUAUUCUUUAGUAAUACAAUUUAAAUUAAUUAGAUAUUAAGAUGAAAUAUAUAACUCAUUUUUAAAAGAUAAUUUAAGAUAUAAUGUCGAUUACAUUUAUAUAAAUGAAUAAAUAUGGUCAUAUUUGAAUGUAAUAUUGUUAAUAAUAAUAAGACUCUUUAUGGUGGUUAUUGUAUUAAAAGAUAAAUUACAAAUUAAAAUUAAAUCAAUCAAUUAUUUAAUUUUCAUUUUAUUCCUGUUCAUCAAUCAUAAUAAUAUUAUAUUGAAGGAAUAUAAUAAUUUGAUACCUCUUGGAAUAUUUAAUAAAUAAUUUCACAUAUAGAACAAUCAUUAUAAAAUUAAUUAUCUUUCUAAAUACCAAGAAAAAAUUUCAUUAAAUUAUAUACUCUCAAAAAUGAAAAUUAAACUAAUUUUGUAUAAAUUAUUAAAGAAAUCAAAACUAAAAAGAUUGAAUUAGAAAAAAUAGAAGAUUUAGCUUAAUUGCAUAAUAAAAAAUAUAUAAUAAUGGAUAUUAAAUUGUUUAAUAAAGAAUUCUUCUUUGAAUAAACUUUACAAAUCAAUUAAGUUAAAAAUGAAGAUUUAUUAAAUUAAGAAUAUAUUGAAAAUUGUAGAAAAGGUUUAUCUAUAUUUGAGGAUCAAUAAACAUUAUUAAGUUGUAUGCUUAAAUGUUAUGAAAAUAUAGAUAUAAUUAGAAAUGAAAUUAUAUAUAAUUCUAACGAAAAAUAUUAAAAUUUAUAAGAAAUACUAAAAGAAUCAUAUUUUGGAUUUAGUGAAUAUGUAUAUUAUGAAUUGUUAGACUAUGAAUUUUUAUAAGAGAAAUAAGUGAUUAUCACAAAAUCUAGAUAUGAUGCUGUGUAUAUUUACAAUAAUGAAAACAGAAUAAUAAUAAAUAACUAAAAGAAUAUAAGAUAAUUAGUUGAAUCUCUAUUGAGUCAUCCUUAAUUAUAAUGUGAUUUUAAUUCAGUGUUAUUUGAAAGCAGCAAUGAAUAUUAUACUGAAGAUAUUGAUUUUACAAAACCUGCAUAUAGUUUAAAGGAAGGUUAUAAAUAUUAAUUGAGAAAAUUAAUGUGGUAAGAGCAUAAUAUUAAUAAUGAAGAUAGAAUAGAAAUUAGAGUUCAUCCAUGCACUUAUGAAAAUAUUGGUUAUCAAUAAUAUAAACCUUUUAGUCCUAUAUUAAAAUGUUAUAUAAGUUAAUGGCAUAAAUUCUAAGAUUUGCAUUUAUUAAUAGCUAACUUAUUUGAGGAAAUAAAUUUUGAUAACUAUAAAGAAUUUAGAUUAAAUAAAAAAUAUAGUUUAUAUUUUUAAACAGAUUAAUAGGGAUAAACAAAAUGUACAUUUUGUAAAUAGAAAUUAUGUAAUAAUUGUUAAGUACCUUUUAAUGAAAAAGCUUUGAAUUUUGGUAGAAGAGUGAUUAAUAUCUAUGUGAUAUAUUAAGAAAUUCAACCUAUAGUUUCUCGUUUUUAGCCACAAAUAUUUGAUAAUUAUUUUCUUAGAGAUUAUUUUGAAGUAGAUUGGGCUUAAGAUAAGAUUUUAAUUUUGAACAUAAAUUAAGAAUAAAUAAAACCUUAUAAUAUUAGAUAUUAUUUUGAUUCAAGUAUAUACUUAUUUAAUAUUUAAGAUCUUUAUUAGUUAUAAGGAAUUAUAGAGAAAGUAUCAUAAAAUGAAUAUUAAUGUUAUUGUUGGAAAUAGUAAAAAUGGUAUAAUUUCACACAAAAUAAAUACUAGAUGUUAGAUUAUGUAAAUGAUGAUUUGAAUGUAGUUAAAUUGUUUUAUAUAAGAAAAUGA